AUGUGUAAAAAGUGUUUACCAUAUGUGCAGUGUUUGAUUGUUCUAGUUGUUUUAUUCGUUUGUGGUGUUUUGGCAUUAAGUGAUGAUGAUAAUGGACCUUAUAGAGGAAAAUAUUUGGGAAAGUUGAAUACGUAUCAUCAUCAGGUUUCUGGAGAAGUUUACGCUGUUGACCAGUAUACAUUUUUGUUUACGGGAUUUAAUUAUGAUGGAAACGGUGCUGACACAUUUUUCUGGGCUGGAGCUGCCAACAGGCCUGGACCACAAGGUUUCAUAGUUCCUGAUGAACAUGGAAAGACGAAUAUCCUCGAGAGGUACUUCGGCAAGGACUUCACCCUGACCUUGCCUGAGGGUAAGAAGAUAACGGAAAUCAAAUGGAUUUCCGUGUACGAUCUGUCUAGUCAGAAUGCAUUUGGAGACAUUUAUAUACCAGAAGAGUUCGAACCUCCUGUUCCCCAAAAAUCCGGGAGCAUCAACGGAAAACUGCACGGGGUACGAUCUGGACCAGUCGAGAUAAGGGAUUCGAAAACAAUCAGUAUAACGAAUUUCACCUACGAUGGAAAAGGCAAGGAUGUCCACUUUUUGGUAGGAAUUGGAGCCCAACCUUCCUGGAAAGGAUUUAAAGUUCCUGACGAAAACGGAUAUAUGGAUCCAAUUAGGGCCUACAACGAGGAAACAUUUCAACUGCAAUUGCCGGGCGAUUUGACUGUAUUUAAUAUACAGUGGUUCAGUAUUUUCGAUUUGGCAACUAAUCAGUCCUAUGGGUCACUUUUGGUGUCGGAGGCUCUAAAUGUGCCUCCUUCGCUUGUGGAAGUGCUGAGCUACGAAAGCAAAUUGCCCAAUUGUCUACAGUUGCAUAAGAAUUUACAAGUAUCUUGGGAGGUUUUUGGUCCGCAAAUUACAAUCCAACUUGCCGGACAGGUCGGUGAAAAUGAUUACAUGUCCUUUGGUUUGUCAGGAUCAGAGGAACGUAGUACGAUGUUAAAUGCAGAUGUAGCAGUGGCGUACAUUGACUCUUAUAGAGGGUACGCAACCGAUUAUAAUAUCACUGCUUUGGCACCGUGUGUGAAGGUCCUUGGGCAGUAUCGUGGAGUAUGUAAAGAUGAUCUAGUGGGCGGUCAAGACAGUUUUCAACUCCUCACAGCUUCCAGAGGCGAAGAUGGAAUUAAUGUUGUUACUUAUAGAAGAAAUUUAAUAUCUCCUGAUAAUGGUGAUAAGGAAUAUCCCUUGGACAGGGAGGCAUUUAUAGUUUGGGCCAUGGGAAGAUUGGACGCCGUCAAGGAACCAUCGUUUCACGAUUAUUAUCCAAAAGGCGACAUCAGCGUUCAAUUCAACUCCAAGGAAAAGAUAAACAAUUGUUUUAAAUUUACGAGAAGUGAUAACCGUUUCUUAGAACCAUGGGAACGACCAAAGAUAAUUGAUAAGUCUAUAAGAAGCUUUACAGCUACACUCGGACCAUCUGGGGGAAAACGAGGGUAUCAAGGAAUAACUGGGCAAACAUCAAGUGGCUUAGCUUGGUAUAUCAAUGGUAUGCUGGUUCCUGAAUUGUGGCUGAGGAGAGGAUUAACUUAUGUUUUUAAAGUAAGAGGUGGCAAUAAUCCUCAUUCUGCAGAACAUUAUCAUCCUCUAAUUAUCACAGACGAACCUCGUGGAGGUUUCGACAGAUUGACCGACACGGCGCAACAUCAAGUGAGAGUUUUGGCUGGUGUCGAGUACACGAGACGUGGAAGGCCUAAACCUACAGUAGCCGGGCCUUUGUGUUUGGCCCAACAUACUGGAAGGGCCGACAGAAGAAGGGACGAUGAUUUUCCAACAUUCAGAAGAUUUAACAGGACUUUAAAACAUGUUUGUGAAGAGGGUGAUCCAGUAGAAUUGGAAGUGACCCCAAAUUCUACCUGGCCCGACGUGGUUUACUACAACAGUUUUACCCACUCAAACAUGGGCUGGAAAAUUCAUAUUGUGGAUAAUUUUGGACGAAGUAAUUCGAAUUUAAUUAAAAUAGAUUUAUCAUUAACUGUGACGUUACUCGAAUCCUAUCUAGUGCAUCCCCACUCUAUGUCCCUCAGGUCAAACACUGCCGAGUCGCUCAUCCAUAACGAGUCGCUCCCAUUAUCUUUGUCCCGUUCGUGCCCUACCAACCGAGUGACGCCGAACGCGCAUCGCUUUCCCCCACGUUGGCAACACCGCCGGGAGAAGCUGUCCUGCUAUCCUUUGGCGUACACGAUAAGAUAA